GAGUGUUUUCAGACAUUUUAAGCAUCACUAUCGUGAGCGUUUCAGUGAACCGAUGAAGAAAAUGUUUCUCAAAUUAGUUUUGUUCUGUUUGUGUUUGUGGGGUCUGAAGGCUGAAGCCCAGGGGCCUACAAUUAUGGACCUGGCUAAUGGUGUGCUUCAAAAUGCAGGAAUAAUGCUCCAGUCAGUUACGGAGGGAGAGUCAUUCACUCUAGGCUCUCGUCUUCCUAAAAUGAAGAAUAAUGAUGUGAUUCAGUGGAGGUUUCAUAACACUUUAUUAGCUAAAAUCAACAAACAGACCAACAGAAUCACUGUAUUUGAUGGUCCUGACGGGAGAUUCAGAGACAGACUGAAGCUGGACAAUCAAACUGGAUCUCUGACCAUCACAGACAUUAGAGCUGAACAUACUGGAAUGUAUUAUCUUCACAUCAAUGGACCAGUAAAGAAAACUUUCUAUCUCAAUGUCAAUUCGAAGCCCUUGUCAGUGAUGGAGGGAGAUUCAGUGACUCUAAACUCUGGACUUACUAAAAUAACAGAUGAUGAUCUGAUUGAGUGGAGUUUUCUAUUAAUUAAUUUAGUUGAGUUCAAUAAACGUGAUGACAGAAUAACUGUAUAUGAGGAUGUUCAUGACGGGAUAUUCAGAGACAGACUGAAGCUGGACAAACAAACUGGAUCUCUGACCAUCACAAACAUCACAACUCAACAUGAUGGAAUUUAUAGACUACGGAGAACUGGAGGAUUAUAUUCAUCAAAAAUAAUCAGCGUUUCUGUCUACACUCGUCUGCCUGUACCCGUCAUCAGCAGAGACUCUUCACAGUGUUCUUCAUCAUCACCAUCAUCUUCAUCAUCAUGUUCAUUGGUGUGUUCAGUGGUGAAUGUGAGUCAUGUGACUCUCUCCUGGUACAAAGGAAACAGUUUAUUGUCCAGCAUCAGUGUGUCUGAUCUCAGCAUCAGUCUCUCUCUACCUCUGGAGGUGGAAUAUCAGGAUAAAAACAGCUACAGCUGUGUGCUCAACAAUCCCAUCAGCAACCAGACUCAACAUCUGGACAUCACUCAACUCUGUCACACAUGUUCAGAGUCCGAGUCUGCAGGUGGCACCGUGGUUGUGAAGGUGGGAGAUUCAGUCACUCUGAAAUCUGGUCUUACUGAAAUUAAGAAUGAUGAUUUGAUUCAGUGGUGGUUUGGAAUGAAAGACGCUUUAAUAGCUGAAAUUAAUAUUUUGGCCGGCAAAGUCACUGUAUAUAAUGGUCCUGAUGGAAGAUUCAGAGGCAGACUGAAUGUGGAUCAUCAAACUGGAUCUCUGACAAUCACAAACACCACAAAUAAACACAGUGGAUAUUAUACAAUACAGAUCAACAGUGUGAGCAAAAAUAUGCGUCUCGCUACCCAAAAUGAAAUAUCAGCGAAGGAGGGGGAUUCAGUGACUCUGAACUCUGGUUUUACUCAGUUGGAUGAGUGGGAUUUUAUUCAAUGGUAUUAUAAACUAAAAGAUUAUGAAGUACUGAUCGAUUCAGUCACUCAAUAUCAAAACACCGCUAAUGGGAGAUUUAGAAACAGACUAAAGUUGGACAAAAAAACUGGAACUCUGACCAUCAGAAACAUCAGAACUGAAGAUGCCGGAUUGUAUUUACUAGAAACCGGAGAUGUGUUCAGUCUUUUCAAUGUUACUGUCUACGAUUCUGUGAAGCUGUGAUCCGAUUGGUCCUCUCUGCUCUGGUGGGCGUGGCUACUGUAAUUCUUCUGGUUUAUGACAUCAGAUCCAGAAGAGCUGAACAAGA